UGCAUGGUUGGGACCCGAACGUCCCGAACACUCCGACUUGCUCCGACUUGCUCCGACUCCUCCGAGCCACAAUAUUGCACAAUAGUAGAAGCCAGCUGUGAGCUGAGAGCUGCCGGUGUCCACCGGUGCGCCUAGGUGCGCCCAGGUGCGCCCAGGUGCGCUCAGCGCCGGGCCGUAGUACUCCGAGUUCGCGUAGUAGGCGACAGGCGUAUGUAUGUAUGUACAUACGUUAACAUACGUGCACGGUGCGGUGCGGGUGCAGUUGGGUGCAGUGCAGGUAGCGUAGCACGCUGAGCGCUGAGCACGCACAAAGCAGCACAAAGCUGAGCAGCAGCUGAUGCGUAAAGAUGGCCGGUACCGAUAUAAACGAUUCGAGCAAAUAGAUGGACGGUGGAGCUCAGUGGAGCUGGGUGAAACAGAGCGGAGAGACUGCAGAGACCAAGAGAGAUCCGCAACGAUCCGUAAUUUGAAUCAUCGUGAUUCGUCGUUUUCGAUGAAUGCAGACAAAUUACCUGUCCCGCGCGCGCGCGCGCCAGACACAAUUUAACUCUCUCGCGCAAUGUGGUUGACUAUAAUGGCCAUGGCGCGGAUGCAGAGAGUUGAACGUUCAGCGCUUCGGCGGACUGCUGUAAAGACGACGAUGAGCGUUGGAAGAGAGAGAACGAUCAGAUGAGCAUGAGAUUGAGGAGACAACGCGUAUACACACGCACGACGACUCUCAGCUUUGUCGUCCUCUACGAUGAUCCUAGUCCUUUCACCGCGACAACACUGCAGACGUCGUACGUGCCGAUCGCGAUUAGUGCAACAGUCUCGAUCGUCUCGUCUCGCGUGAGAGACAGCGAGAGACGAGCUGGAGACACCACUUGCCAAACGCUGCGGUUUGCAAACUGAUUACAGUGCAAUGGCUUACGAUCCACGCGGUAACGUAAAAUAUUCUCCAAAUAUUCCGCAGCGGCCAAUCCAAGUACUCAACGUGGCUGGAUAUGGUUAUUCUGCCCAUCCACCGCAGCAUAGUUUCCAACAAACCGACGAAAAUCGGAAUGAAAGUAAUUUGCGUAGCGGCAAAGAGCUCUGUUCCGUGCAAAUCUCACAAUCAGUCUCGCAACAGUCAUCCGGCACGCAGACCGUGCAAAAAGUGGACGCCGCGACUAUGACGGAUCCUCUGCAAAUUGACUUUAGGCUUACGUCCGAGUUCCUGGCGCGUUGUUCCAGUACCUUGGGUUUGCCGUACGUAACCAAGUACGAGGACUGUGGUGCUGGUAUCGAUUCUACAACCACCUGUCGAGAAGUAAGACCAAAGAUCCAAUUUGAAAUUGAACCGCAGCAUAUUAAUGGUAUGUUGGUUUACCAUUGCCCCGAGUGUGCGUACAGAUUUGACGAUCGGGAGGCGCUUCACGAACAUCUAGAAGAUCACAAACAAAGACCGCAUAUCUGUGAUAUUUGCGGGGCAAGCUUGAAACGAAAGGAACACCUGGAUCGCCACAAGCAAGGUCAUAAUAAAGAUAGACCCUAUCGAUGUAACAUGUGCUGUAAGGCGUUCAAACGUAACGAGCACUUGGCGCGUCAUAUGAUUACUCAUUCGGGUAGCAAAAAUCAAAUUUGUACCGAGUGUGGCAAAGCUUUCUAUAGAAAAGAUCACUUGAAGAAACAUUUACAAAGUCAUAAUAGCAGUCGAGUCAAACAUAUAAAUAUUUCGCAAAACGAUCCCCAUGAUCAGCAACCGAGCGACCAAGGGCUGAGUAGUUUCGCUAUGAUGAUGAGGCAAUCCGGGCCUCCUCCACUUUCAAUUUUACGGACAUAAUUAUUCCAUGUGAUUACGUAACGUAUAUUUUUAUCUCCGUUUAUGAAGCGGGAAGAGGGAUGUUUUUAUUCUACUAUUUAGAUGAUUUUGUUUUAUUUUAUUUUAUUUUAUUUUUUAAUUCACAAGAGAGAUUAGUAACGAGAGAGAAGAAGCUUUAUUCCCCACAUACCUAUGAGCUUUACGAAACGAUCCAAGAUGAUUUGUUAUUAAUAUGAGAGAGAGAGAGAGAGAGAGAAAUCAACCCAUGUUCCUAGUGUAUACAUCUUAUUGCUAUGUAUUUUGUCAACAGGUAGAUAAGAACAUGAUAAUAUUAUUGAUUUUAUAAUAUCCUGUAAAUAUACUCAAAGUGUGGCGAGUUGUCUGUAUGUUCAGAAAAGAAUGUACCUGUUGUGAUUUUUUUCAAACUUGAACAAGUUGACAAGUUAAAAUUUUAAAUAAUCGUUUCAGCAUCAAUGACAUAUUUUACAUUAUUACAUUAUUUAUUUGGUCCUUUUUACUCUUGAAAAAAAUUUUCUUCUUCAAACUAAUUGAAAUAUAUAAUUCAACGAAUUUUGUUUGUUAUAUUACCACGUUGUUAUAUUAAAUUGCUUGUUUUACAAAAGAAACAGAAUCGAGUUUGAGAUUUUAUUCCUUUUCCAAAACAAUAUAACUUUUUUUUCUCUUCGAGAGAUAAAUUUGUAAAUUAGGCAUUACAAUACGAUAGAAGCGAAUGAUAGAUUCGUGGUACGUUAAAUACCAUCUUUUCCUAAUCGGAAGAGAAAGAAUAAUGCCAAUACAUUUAUGUAAUUUGGCAUGUAGAAUGCAAUAACGCACUCUAAAAAUUCACAACUUUACCAGUUUUUUUUCCAUCUCGUUUGUAUUUGAAGUAAGAAAUUGAGAGGUGGAUUAACUAACGUUAUAUUGUAACGAUGUCUCUAAUGUCGUAUGCAAAUAAAAAUCUGCGAAUCUUUUACAUCUCUUGGUGAAUUAUUAAUUGUUUUUCUAUCGAUUUUCAAUGAAAUUGUAUAAUUUUUUUGCGACAGUUGAAAGAAAGCGUAACAGCAUACAAUCUUCAGAAAUUUAUGAUAAAGUUAUUGACUAUUAGUGGAGCGCUCCUUAGUAAAAAAAAAUAGAAACAUCAUCCACACGUUGAUUUAUUGAUGCAUACUAUAGAUAAAACGUAUUUUACGUAUUUUAUAUUUUUACUUGUGGAAUUUAAGGGACUCUCUGUUUAUCCGUUUAUCGUUAAAAUUUUAUCAAAAUCUUAUUAGUAUGAUGAUGUAUGGUAUAUGGUGACACCCUGUCACUUAACUAUCGUAAUUGGCGUAAAGAGAGAAUAUGUUUGAAUAUAUUCAAACAUUAUUCCGCUCAGAUAGAGACAAGAUAAGAUGUUUUAUCGAUUCUUCCAUUUCCAACAUAAGUAAUAUACGUUCAUUGUGAGAUUUCAUGUACAUAGCAUCUGUAUGAAAAUUCGUAGUACUUUAUUGGCAUUUUCUUAUUAUAUCGUUAAGUUGCGCUCUUGUACAUUCUUACACGCAUACGCAGAUACGUAUGUGUGCAUUAACAACAGGAUUUGAAACCCUAAAGAGGAAAAGAUGGUGCAUUUUGUCAUUAAUGCAAUAAUUAUAAUUAAAUUAAUAAAUGAUUGUUAUAUAAAAAUA